GGCCGUACCUCGGAGCGGGUUUACAUUCUCCGCGGGCCAAUGGCGAGCGCGCCCCGCGAGGCGCCAGCCAAUGGGAGGCGCGCGGCGAGUGACAGCUGGCCAAUGGGCGCCGCCGACUCUCCCGUGCCGCGGCGCGGGGGGUGGGGAUCUCCCCGCCGCCGCCUGAGGAAUGUCAACUAUUCAACAUGGAGACGGCGGUUACCAGGCUCGAGACCCUGUUCCAGAAAGCAGAAUCUGAUCUGGAUUAUAUUCAGCGCAGAGUGGAGUUUGAAAUAAUGAAAAGUCUUCCUGAUGAUACAGCAGCAGAGGAGGAUCCAGCUGCUCUCCUGAAGGAGCUCCCAGUGCUGAAAUCCAGGUACAAAUCCCUGUGUGCCCAGAUGGAAGAAAUUUCCCUGGAGCAGAAGGAAUCCAUGGAGAGCAUCCGUGCUGCCCUGGAGAAAACCAUGGAGAUCGUUCAGGCACUGCAGCAGCAAACCCAGCUGGAGAACUUACCUCUGUCAGCAGAAGAACAGACUGCAGCCCAGCAGUUAAACCUGAAAACUGGGAAAGAAAUGGAAUUUUCAGUGCAAGAGCCAUCCUCCCCACGAUCUGCAGACCCUGGCUCAGCUGAAGAAGCCCAGUUCACCCCACUGACUGAGGAAACAUUUAUGAGUGUGCCCAGGAGCAUCAGAAGCACUGUCAAGUUAGCAGACUUGAAUUGUUUUUACAAGGAGUUAUUUAACCAUUUCAUUGUACAGAACAACAGAGCAGCACUGAGUCUUUCACAGAUGAAAAAGAUGAAUAUGAAAGCCACUGACUCAAGAAUUCGAAUCCUGGAAGAACUGGGGAUUGUAGAACUCGACAAACAAAGAAAUGUUAAAUUGGCUGUGUGAAAGAAAACUCAUCUGCCACAGAAACAUCCUGGGUUAUUGAGGAACAAGAAUUGCUCUGGAAGAAGAGUUCCACUGUAGGGAAUUGUUAAUGUUUCUGUAUAAAUAUUCUGUUGAUAAUACUUGAAAUUGGAGAGUUCAAGAUCACUGGGGUUGGCACUUUACCUUGGCUGUUUAAAGGAUUAUGGUUGAUGCAUUUUUAAGGAGUGUUGUGAGUCAUGUGGUGCUUCCACUUUCUUGCUGCAUUCCUGAGGGGGUUUUAAAGGCAAAUAAUCCAAGCCUCUUCAUUGUCCUUGCAUUGCUGAAUAAAGAUUUAUUAUACUUUUGUUUGAGUGAC